GGCGCCUUUUGCGACUGGGAAAUUAUGGCGGGAGUCCAUGUUUCUGGACCGGGGCCUCCCAGUCAUACCUCCCCAACCAAACUUGCUCUCCCUAGUACCUCCCGUAACCAGGCACGUGAUGCUGAGUCUCGCAAGGAGAAAAAGAUUGGACACAGACGUGUUACAGAAGAAGGAACUGUCACGUACAAGAAGAAACCUACAUCAGAACUUCAAGGAGCUAUUCAACUUGGCAUACAACAUCAUAUUGGUUCAUUACAGCAAAAGCCUGAUCGUGAUCUUUUAUACGGAGAUUUUAAUAUUAUCGAUACGGUUAAUUUUCCUCGUGAAGGCACGAAAACAACACAAGCCCAUCCAUAUUCAGAUUUCCGAUUUAGAAUUUAUGCUCCUGUGGCUUUUCGAUGUUUCCGAAAGUCAUAUAAAUUGGAUAUUCGUGAUUUCUUAAACUCUUUAUGUAGCCAAUCACUUCAAGAGCUUUCAAACCCCGGUGCAAGUGGUUCCAUUUUUUAUAUUAGUCAAGAUGAUGAAUUCAUCAUUAAAACUGUACAACAUAAAGAAGGUGAAUUUUUACAAAAAUUAUUACCAGAAUAUUUUAUGAAUUUAAUGCAACAUCCUCGUACUUUAUUACCGAAAUAUUACGGUCUUUAUUGUUAUCAGUCUGGACAUAAAAAUAUUCGAUUUGUUGUCAUGAAUAACCUACUACCUUCUUCCGUACGUAUUCAUGAAAAAUAUGAUUUAAAAGGAUCUACUUAUGGUCGCCAGGCCAGUGAUGCUGAACGCGCUAAAAGUUCACCAACUCUAAAAGAUCUCGAUUUUAUUGAGAAUCAUCCAGAUGGAAUCUGGUUAGAGGCAGAAACCUAUGAUGCUUUGCUCAAAACGAUAGAAAGGGAUUGUCUCGUACUCAAGUCUUUCAGAAUUAUGGACUACUCCCUUCUAUUAGGUAUACACAAUUUGGAUCAAGCUAAACGUGAACGACUCGCUCAAAAACAUGCAUCUGAAAAACAAUCUACUGUAAAUGAACAUGGUGAUGAGUCGUCUGACUUAUCUCCGAAUUCAAUCCCAAAAAUUAAAUCCAACGGAUUAGUAUCACAUAUUUCUAAUAAGAGUAAUGGAAAUAACACUGAUCGGUCUACUUCACCAUCAAAUGGUGUAGGUAUUGGUGGACUUAUAGGUGCUGUCAAUGAGAGCAGUAAUAAAACAUCACCAUCUUCUCCAAACGGUUCACAACUACCUACACGUCAUGCUCAUUUCACAUCUGGUGUUGAUGAUGAAAUAAAAACACCAAGUGAUCAUAUUACUAACAAUGAUGAAGAGGAUAAAUCGGUGUUUCAACGCGGCGUACAUAAAUCACAUUCACAGAAACGUGUUGUUGCUUAUUGUACUGCUAUGGAAUCCAUUAAAGCAAGCUCAGAACCGGUUGAAUUGGAAUCAGAAGAACGUGAACUUAUUCCAUCUGGAGGUAUUCCCGCACGUGAUACUAACGGUGAUCGAUUGUUGUUGUAUAUUGGUGUUAUUGAUAUUUUACAAAGUUAUCGAAUUUUAAAGAAAAUGGAACAUGGUUUCAAAUCUUUGGUAGCUGAUGGAAAAACUAUUUCUGUCACACAUCCGUUAUAUUAUGCUCAACGUUUUCAAGAGUUUAUUGGUCGUACAGUUUUCAAACGUAUACAGUCUCUUGAUGAACCGAAUGUUUUUGGACCGCAUACAUCACGAUUCAGGCGAUAUGUUCAUAUGGCUCAAGCAGCUGUUGCAUUAAAGCAAAGUACUUCCAAACGUCUUCAUCGUCCUAUGGCUGCUAUCAAAACUCUAGAUGAUACUAUUGAUUUGGCUGACAAAGGAACAACAUAUGAAAGUGUUAAAUCGACAGAUGUUUCACCUUUGUAUAGAUCAGAUCGAAACAGCUCAACUCAAGCGCUCAUCUACUAUACAUCGUUUAAUAACAUCAGCUUUACGAAAUACGAUGUGCGGUGCCCAUCCGAAGUCCAAAGUUGUAACGGUACAUACUCAAGAAAAAGCUCAUAUUCUAGUUCACCAUCAAAACAGCCUUAUGCGAUUAGAAGUAAAUUGGGAUCCAAUUCCUCCAACAUUACGCCAAUCACAAAAAUGCCGAACCGGUACCGUAGUACGGGCGAACUCAAUCGAAGGAUCUCCACUCCAGAAUCAUCAAUUUUUACCAUGUCGUCUGAAAAUGAUCAAGGACCAAUUACAGGAAAUAAUUACAGUAGAAGAUUUAAACCACAAUCCGGAUACAGAUCUACCGCUUUAAUAUCUUCAUUUAAUAAUAAUAAUAAUCAACGUAUCCUACAUUUGUACGAUAUAUUAGCAGCUGAUAUUGAACGUACACCUAGUCAGAUUAGUUUCAGUACAUCAAGUUCAAGUGAUAAAUAUUCAAAUAUUGCUGAUAAACACACUAAUGAUAGUCAGAAUAAUCUAUCAUCACCACUUAACAAAUCAUCUUAUUAUGACCAUAAUUUAUUACAAAUAGUCAAUAAUCAACCAAAAUCAUGUGGUAUUAUACAAAAUAGUCAUCAAAUAUCAUCGUAUCAAGUUGAUACUUCUCUUUUUAAUUCACAAGUACUUCCAUCAAACAUUGAUAAAAAUAAUAAUAGUGAUAAUAAUAAUACAUUAAAAAUAAGUGAUGAAUCGUCUGAUUUGAUAAACAAUAUUAAAAAGAGACAAUCUAAUCGACUCAGUCAGAUUGAUUGUGCUUCAUUAGAGAAAUUCAUGAAUGAUGCUUCUUCAACACUUUCCUCUCCCAUCUAUGAUCCUUAUGGGAUGGCAUUUAAAAUUCCUAGUUGGUCAUCAUCACCUUCUACAACUGCAUAUCACCGUAAUCAUCACCAACCAUAUAAUCGUCGUCGUCCUCUACCAGCCCUAAUUACUGAUAAACAGCAAGAUUGUCCAGUUCCUUCUUCACGUAGUUCUAUCAAAUCAUCUGGAAGUAUAUCACGACCUGUCCCGAUACUUAGUGAAUCAUUUAUAAGAAAGCGUCAAUGUCGAAAAGUGAAUUAAAAAUCUCCAAACAGAAUAAUAGAAUCUAAACAAAAUGUACUUGUACAUAGUAUAUAAUUCUUUUUUUAAAAACAACAAGCAGAAAUGAUCUAUUUUGUACGAUACCAUAAGCCAACAUCUACGAAUCAAUUGUAUUUACGACCAUUACUAUUUUUCUAAUUCUCAAGUACACUUAGCAUAUAACUAUACAUAUAGUAUAAUUAAGUACUCUCGGUGAGCUCUCAAGCACUAAUGUUUAUAAGUUAUUCUGUGUGUAUGGCUUAAUAAUUGCGUUAUCUUUCAUCAUCCCCUUUUCAACACUAUAUUUCAUAAUGUGUACUCACUCACUCAUUUACAUGGAAUUACUCACCACUAUGUGUUGUUGAAUUAAAUGAUCUUUUAUUUUCUGUUCACUAAUUUCUACAUCCUCAACUAUUAUUGUUUAUUGAGAUUGCAUGGUUUGCAUAGAGUGUAUUAUUAAUAUAGUUUUUUUUAUUAUUGUUUGAUUAAUAUUGGUGACAGAUAUUUGAUAAAUAACCAGCGCUUGAGUAUUAUGACCUACACACUGGGUCUUCUAGUUUUUAUUUUUACGAAAAAACAUUGUUUGGAUCCUGCGUCUAAUCGAACUAAUUAAAGCUUUUUCUGUUUGCAUAUAACUACCUCUCUUAUCAGAUAAUAGCCUUAAUGAAUCUGUUAGUUUGAUAUUUUAAUAUCUCCUAUAUAUUCAAAAUAUAAAUGCGCGUAGUCGGCUUUAAGUUUCGCUAUUCGUAUAUAUAUGUGUGUAUGUGUAUAGAAAUUCGUGUCUCAUACCGCCGCUCAAACCAAAGUAGAUAGAACUAACUAAGUACCUACAUAAUGGUUGAAACUCUGGCAACUUUAACCACUUUUCUGUUUCGCUUUAGCGUAAUAAUAAUAAUGAAUUUAAUUUGUGUACAUACAAUAUGAGUCAGUCAUAGUCCCUAUAAAAGUCAGUAGUAACAUCUUAGACUAUGAAGCUGAGUGAACUGAAUUAAAAUUGCACUAUGAGCUUUACUUCCAUGAAUAAUUAAAUGAUAUAAUUAAACGAAUAGUGUAAAACAAUAACUUUUAAAGCUACCUUACAAAUAAUUAUUCUUUACAUUUUUAUUUCAUAAUUGAUAAACACAUAGACUAUUGUAUUUUUAUAUUCUUGUAGUUCUGAGCUUUUAUUUGAUCUAUAAAUCACUACCAUGUCUUAUUUUUUUUCUAAUUUAUCAUCAAUUAAUUGUUUUCCAAUUACUCUGAUUGUAUAUCACUUUAUAACUAAGUUGCGUAUGCUUAGUAAUUUCCCCAUUGUUGGUGUACUGUCAGACAUUUCAAGUAUGUUAUUUGUAUGAGUUUCCAGCCAUUAUUGAAUUGAGUACAACAGAGGACUGAUCUGGUUUUAUCUUCGUCUUCUGAUCGGACACUGUGUUAUAAAGGUGCUCAAGAGCCAAUAAGCGUUAAUGUCUUACUUUUUAUUUAUUGGUCUAUAUAUCAGUUGAUAAAUAGGUCAUCUGUCCUACUACCAGUACAGGUAGAUGAACUAAUCGAUAGUUAGACUGGAGAGAAAUCGAACAACUAAUUUCCUGUUAUUACGGCCCGAUCACACGGAAUCUAGUACAAGCAAAUCUGUUUUUAUCCUGCGUAACCUUAAUCGUGGAGUGUAUUCUGCCAACUAUCUCCAGUCACCUUACAUACAAAUAGAGUAAAUAAUUUCAAUCACAAAUUGACAAACCAAAAUUAUUAGCUACACUAAUGCAUAGAUUAUGUUUCGGAUCCGGUGACCAGUGUUAAAGCAUCUUAACUGAUCAUAAUAUUUACACGAAUAUUCGUCAAGAUUAGAACCAAUAGUUUGACAGAAAUUGGGCGCCGAGUAAAGAGAAUUUUGCGGAAAAUUAGAAAGUAGUUUCAUCGAUCUAGUUUUAUCUAAUCAGCUGAUCUAAUCAAUCUACUCAAAAUAAAUUACCUUGUUAAAUUUAGAAAGUAAGAAAAUUGGUUAUUUUGAAGAUUGAUUUUAUCGACUAUUUAAUGUAAAUAUUUGUUAAACUCACUUUAUGUAUGAUAAUAUUACAAGCAUCAUUGAAAUCUAAAUAAACUGAUUUAUCGUGCUAAAAAGACUUAUUGGUCUAUUGAAUGUUACCAGUUGGUCAUCAAUAAAUUCUGGUGACUCUGAUGCACGGAAACGUCAGUCUGUACAUUACUCAAGUUAUAAUGGAGUUACUCAUUUACAAUAUGAAAAUGCAUUAUAGUUGUUGAACAUAAUUCUAUGUCCUAAAAAGAAAUGAUGUAAACAGUUGUUCAAUCCACUGUAUUUGUAAGGUUUUGUAUUUCCGUAUUGUUUAUAUUCUGUAUUGCUACUGAUCAGUUUCUUUUAAAAUAUGUACAUGCUGGUCGAAUUACUUCGAUAUUAUUACUUAGUUGUGAGUUUUAUUGAAGUUAUAUUCAUGCUGACGAUGGAAUCCAAGGCUCCCGUUUCCUUCUGUUCAGGACUUGUUAGCUGGAUGUAGGUGCACCUCAGUGUUGAUGUCUACAUUAAGAUAUGUACCCCAAUACCUGUCGCUUGAUACACCUACAAGUCAUUCAGUAAGCUACUGACUUCAAAUAGCCAUGGACUUUUGUAGUAAGCGUAAAUUUUGUUCGUAAGCGUUUCUAUUUUCAUUUAUGUUAAGGAUUCAAAUGCCAACCGCUAGCCAAUUUUAAUUAAUCCGCUUUCUAAUCGUUUGCUGUUGUUGUUAUGAUUAGAUUAUGAUUACUAUCAUUUUGACUACAGUAGUUCUGCUUUUAUUGUUUUCAUUUGCUUUAUUGGAACAUGGAAUGAUACACUGUAUGUUAUAUCAUUGCUAUUAUCUGUCCAGCCAUUUAUUUCAUUUGUAAGUACUUUAAUAUUCCUUAUUAUUAGUCAAUGUGUUAAAGACUACUGGGAUUGAUCUCCCUCACUAUUGAGAAGAGUCAAACACUUAUAAAUCUUACUCCAGAAUUAUACUCUAGAUUUGGCUCUUAAUUUAUAUUACGAUAAUAUUUUAAUUUGCUAGUUAUCCAGAUUUUUUAAAUCACACACAUACAAAUACACCUAAAUGAGCCUGUUAUUACUUGUGUAGUUUAAGCGAUUUGUUAGGCUUUGAUGUUAUGCUGCAUCAUUGGUGCCUAUCCCGGAUUAAAGUAGCAGAUAAUUUGCCUUAUUUCAAACAAAUAAGACAUACUAUUGUUAUAAAACAUACAAAUAAUUUCUUUCGCUUCUCAACUCUGUCCCAUAUAAUUGAUUUCUAUGUUUUAGUGAAACUACAUCACAGUGAUUAGCUGUAUGCAUUCGCAUUAAAUUCUAUUCUAUGGUUCACUUAGUUUAUUACUGAUUGUUCCUCGGUGAGCGUCUCUGAAUUUCAACUCAGCACUCUUAUAAAUAAAAAUAAUGUAUUUAUAAUAUCCCAAUGAGUAGAAAAUUGGAUUUCCUGACGUUUCGUGACUUAGUGUAAGUCACUUCUUCAGAGAAUAAAUAACCAAAUUAAGAUUAAUCCAAGUUUAAAUAGUACAACGGAACAAUGCAAUAAUUACUUCAGACUUAUUUUUUUUUAUACAAAAAGAAUAAACUUCUAUUGGUUAGUAUUUUGAUUAGUAUAUUUUUACCAAACUAGUAACAUCAUUCACUGGUUGUAAUACUAGAGAACAGUGAUUAGAUGUUUUAUCCAUCAUUAUUUAAAAUUUUCCAUGUAGAAUCUACCACUUUCUAACCAUAUACUUGUAAAUAUGAAUUAUUAAUAAUGAAAAUUAUUCAUUCUAGUUUUUUUUUGUCUUAAAACAACCAUAAUGUGUUGGUCCUACGUUGUAGCUGACUGACUGACUGUUUUAUAUUACUGACAUAUGUUAUUGUUAGUUUAUCUGCUUGUUUAUUUUUCUCGUGUAUAAACUUUGCACAAAGUAUUGUAAUAAUACUGUAAACAGCGUAAAAUAUAUGAUUUUUCUUUAUGGGUUUAUUAUUUAAUUAGUUGAAUGAUAGUAUCCUUGUUAAAACCUUUAGCUUUCAUUCCUGUCAUAUUACUCUAUCUCUCUCUCUCUACUUCUAUCUGCUUUUGCUAUAGGUAUUAUCAUGAUAUUUUCCAAUCGACAUUAGUCGCUCACACUCUAAGUCAUUGAAAUCUGUAGUUGUAACACGGUAGACUAAUGUUGUAGGUAUUGUUUCAUUCUCUGAGUUAGUAGGUGUAGAGUACCUGGUUGGGGACCGCGAAAUGAUAGCAACCGAUGGUUAGAGAUCCUGAAUGACAUGGCUCAAAAUCGUUCGUAAUGGCGCAGGUGAAUCAACUCUUUGUCUUCUCCCAAAUUCUAAUCUUCAUGUCCCUUCUUUCUCUUUCCAAAUUUAUUUCACUGGAUUAUACUCCUUGAAUAACAUCUUCAAACUCUAAUCUAUCCGAUUGCUGCUUAUACUCUUACCGCCUCUACCACUAAGGGAUUUGAAUCAACCACUGCAUCUCUGUGCUAAUAUGGUGUGGCAACUCGAACUGAUGUACGUACGUACGAAGUUCUACAUUGUUACUGCCUGACUGAUUCUCUGAGUUUGGCAGUUUUGUCAUGAAGAUGCACUAGAGACUCGAUAAAGACAUCAUACAUAUAUCCUUACUAGUCUACAAAACUGUAUUUGAUUGUCCUAAUUAAUUUGAAUAUGUAUAUUUGUUAAAUUUCUUUUUGAUAGAUUUACGUUCUCUAAACUAGUUGAUUGAAUAAGUCAUUAUUACUCUGAACAUAAACAUCACCAGAACAAACCUGACACCAUAUUUAUUUUGAUUACUUUUAACUAUACAAUCACUGAUAGGGAAAGUUUUGACAAUAACCAAUCAUAUUUAAUGUUAACCAUGGUAUAGGUUAGUUAUAGAUGCAGGGAUUUUAUUAACUCACUUUUAUAAUACGUUUGUGCUGAUUGAAGUUGUCUAGAAAGAUAAUGAAAGCUUCGCUGUUAAACUAAUCAAGUUCUGAGGACGUAACUCUUCUGAAAUAAUUCUUUUGAUCUACAACUCCCCAUCUCAAAAAUGAAAUUUAAGUACUUCAACUCGACAUUAUAUCCCCUUUUUGUACCCACAUUUCAGAUGUCUUGAUUGUAUACACAAUAUAACAUAAUGGUGUUAGGCUAUGUACGCUCUGGUGUGUGUGUGUGUGUUCAUUCACUAUUGAUUUUAGUGUGCUCUAACAUCCCAUUGAUUUUCUCUUUUCUUAUUUAAACUUAUGUGUAAAAAUAAUUGUUUCUUUCUCUACUUUCCAGAUACUCGUCGUUACUAACCAAUAAAGAUCUAUCCGCUUUCCCCAAACUUAUCUCAUAAAAGCGAUCAGUUUAAUGUUAUUUAUGCAUAAAUAUAUAUAUUCACUGUUUGUUUUGCCAUACCGUAUUGCGUUUACAUCAUAUUGUUUGUCGAUUUUCUCAAUGUUUGCCUCGUUGUUAUUCAUAUUCAAGAGUAUAAAUAUUAUAUUAUUUGAUACAAUUAUUCUAACAAUAAUAUUGUAAACAAUUACACACCAUAUAGUUUAUUCAAAUCGUUGUUGUAUAUACAUGGAUAUACACAUAUUUAUUCUUUACUAUGCGACAUAUCUUUCGAUACCUAUAUGUAUACAUGAUAGAAAUCCUGUCUUUGUUUUUCAACUUGGAAUUACUUGUUUUUUUUUCUUUUCGUUUUUCAAUGUUAACAAUUGAAUAUUUAAUUUGUACAUUCCAGUUCAGUCUAAAUCUUCAUCCCUUUGUUCUAAUUGUCUUUAUACUUUUUCUUCAAUGGUUUGUGAAAGAUUUGCAAUUUUCGAUUGUUUUUUUUUUCGUUGUUUCAUUUAGUGAAUAUGAUAGUAUGAAUAAAAUUAUUGUCACUGCCGUAUAUUAUUCUACACUAAUCGUAAUCAUGUCGUUUUUCAGAAAUUCACUGUACAAGUCAUUAAAAUGUGAAUUUUGAUCCUUCUUUUUCUCCUUAUUUUCAAUAAUAAUUGAUAAAUAGUAACUAAUACAAAUUGAUUCCUAUUGUUAAUUCAUUCAUAAAUAGUAUACAAGUCAACUGAUGGAUAUAGCUCUCUCAUGGAAAAGUAUGGAUAAUAAUCCCUUCUUAACAUUCCCUAGAAUACCUGUUGUACUCAUUUCUUGAUAUCUUUCUAUAUUAGUCACAUAUAGGCUUUUAAAAUGAUGUUUUCAUUUGAUCAUUGAAUAGUUCUAUCCAUGUAUGUUUAUGUGUUUUGUUCCUCAACGAGUGUACUCUUUUCUUUUCAUCUUACCAUUUAGAACGUCAACUUUCCAGUGUAUAGUUAGUUGUCGAGUGUGUAAACGUUUGUUUUUGUAUAGUAAUAGUGUUAUGCAAUAAUUCAUUCAAGCAGUGUUUACUUCACUUGUAUUUCGUCUGUCGUAUACCUUCACAUUUAUUUAUUGAAAUGUUUUUCCUGUUACAUUUAUAUUUUUCUUAAGUGAAUUCUACUACUGGUGAUUAUACUGCUGAUUUUUUUCUUUUAAUGUUUGUUUUUUGUUGUUUGUCCAAUCCUCGUCGAACAUGUUCACACAUGAAUAAUUAACUUUUUCACUCUACCUAUUUAUGUUCAUGAUCAACAUCAUUCUAGUUUAUGUUAAAUGAUUUAUGUUAAUAAUGAUGAUGAUGGCAUUUUUAGUUUUGUUCUCUCUCGCGCUCUCUAUUAUUCUCAUCAUUAUUACCGUUGGUAGUCAUGAACAAUGAUGACAACAAUGUAAUAACAGUCUAAUUAUCAUACGCACAUGUUAUUUCUUCUGUGUUCUUGAAUCUGUAUUUUGUCAAAUUUGUAUGUUUGUUGCAGCGUUUUGUUCUAUUUUCUUCAUUGUUUUCGGUGGUUUAUAUUACCAUGUGAUGAUUGUACAUAUUUGUUUUGUGUCUGGCAGUCAGUGAUAUAAUUUAUUCCAUUGAUUCAUUUAUACCUGCUUAUUUACAUACAAAUGAUUACUACUUACUAGUAUCGAGUAGUAUCUUCUCUUUUGAUCAAUAGUUUUUCAUGCUUUACUAUUAUCUCUGGAAAAAUUUUCUAACGCAUACUUUUGUCACAUAUAUCACUACUACUAAUCUUGGAAGAUCUUAUCGCUAUCCUCCUUUUUUCGUUAUUUUCCAUCUCAUGUUUAAAAAAGUCUAGAACAGUUUCAUAGUAUUGAAAAUUUAAUCCUCCUCACUACUACCUUUCAGACAUGCAAUCGAAACAAUUUUAUUUCCGUUUAUCUUCACUUAUUCUUAUUAUGUUUUGCUCGACAAAAAAAUCUCAUUCAUUUAUCUGCAGAGUAUUGAAUAUUUAAAAAUUUAACUUAUCAUUGUUAUAAUUAAUCACUGUUAUUCUUAUUUGCCUGAUAUUUAACGAAAAGAUAUGUUUAUCAUAUAUA